AUGGCGACCGCCCGCCGCGAUUCGGCCGGCGAUCAUGAACUUGCUCCUGUCAAUCACUCCCCCGAUACUCUCUCGACUAGUCUGCCAUUAUUUUAUCUCAGAAUGGCAUCAGUAGCUUACUAUGAGCUUUACCGUGGCAGCAGCCUCGGGUUAUCCCUCACCGAUACCCUCGACGACCUGAUCAAUGAGGGCCGUAUCGAGCCCCAGCUGGCGAUGAAGAUCCUUGGGACCUUUGACAAGAUUGUCACUGAAGUCUUGGCGGACAAAGUUCGGGCCAGACUGACCUUCAAGGGCCACCUUGACACCUACCGAUUCUGCGACGAAGUCUGGACCUUCUUGAUCAAGGAUGUCUCGUUCAAGCUAGACAACCAGACGACUGUAUCCGCGGACAAGGUGAAGAUCGUGAGCUGCAAUAGCAAGCGUCCUGGUGAGGUGUAA